AUGGGCCCCGAGACAGCAACAGCGGGUCCUACAACCGCAGGAUAUUCUGCCUGGGACCCGCGGGGAUGGUCUCUGAUUAAAAAGCUCGCUGUCGCAGCCGGUGUUGUUGUGGUUAUUGUUGCUGUUGUUGUGGGUGCUGUGCUCGGAGUACGAGCAACCCGAUACCCCGAUUAUUCCCAACUCGACUACAGUUUGGUAGAUACCUAUUCUGGCUCUGAUUUCUUCAAUAACUUUUAUUAUGCGACCUCUGACCCGUCAGGUGGAUUUGUCCAAUACAUUGACCGAGCUGCAUCUGAAUGGCUCAACUUGACAUAUGCCACCAACACAUCGGCUGUGCUCAAAGUGGAUACCACAUACAGUGGAGAGGACGAGGUCGCUAAUGGCCGUCAAUCUGUCAGGAUUACAUCCAAUAAUACCUAUGCGGAUGGACUCUUCGUGUUCGAUAUUUUGCACACACCCUAUGCUUGUGGCAUCUGGCCAGCGCUAUGGCUCACAGACCCAAGUAAUUGGCCAGAGCAUGGCGAGAUCGAUGUCAUGGAGGCUGUCAACAUGGGCGAAUGGGGCAACCAAGCGACACUCCACACAUCAAGUGGAUGCAAUAUGGGCGUGAAGCGGAAGGAGACUGGCACUGCACUGUACAAGACCUGUUACUGGGACUCGCACGACGAAUCAGGAUGUGGUGUGAAAGGUGCCAAGACCACAUACGGACCUGAAUUCAAUGCACAGGGUGGUGGAGUCUAUGCAAUGGAGCUCCGUGACGCCGGAAUUCGAGUCUGGCAUUGGGUUCGCGCAGAUAUCCCAUCCGACAUUACAUCAGGAAGCCCUGAUCCCUCCACUUGGGGCAAGGCAUACGCUGAUUUCCCGAGUACGGAGUGUAACAUCGGGAAUCAUUUCAAAAACCAGAGCAUCAUUGCCAAUAUCGAUUUCUGUGGAGGUUGGGCAUCUGCGACGGAGUACUACACCACACAGAGCGGCUGUCCCGACAGUUGCGAGACGUUUGUGAUGGAUAACGCAUCAAAUUUUACGACAGCAUACUGGGAGUUUAAGAGUUUCAAAGUUUAUCAAGCGAGCACAUAG